AUUACAUGAGUCCCCGUUGCAACGCCUUAUGAGCCACUGUUUUCUGCAGGUGAUCUCACGUUUCUUGCUUCUGCCUGUGACCUGCAGCUCAUCCUAGAGAGCUAAGCCCGAGUCGGCGAAGCUCGUUCGGAGCUAGCGAAGCAGGCUGAGGGAGCAGUGCGCCUAAACUACAUAUCUAUAAUCGUUCUUCCUGCCCCCAUUCAUCACGCGCGCCCGAGUUGUCAUGUUUCAGAAGUAGGCUUCCAAUAACGCCUGUUGAAAUUCACAGUAUGGGUGAUGUCGAAACACUCCUAAACAAGGGCUAUUGGCCAAGCUCCAGGGCUAGAAGCCCAGAUUCAAGACAUGCCGCUUCGACUGCGCCGUCGGGCCAAUUGACCCAUAGAAAUGUAACAUCCGCGACCAAGAUACCUCGAAACUUCAGGCGUUCGCGGAGUUAUCCACCGCCUCCGAGCGUCGAGGACGAAGUCGCAUCACUCGCAAAAGAGUACAAGUCAGCGGACUCCGAACUAGUUAACGAGGAAGCGAUACAUCGUGGAGAUCCUGAUCAGUACCCUAUUUUGCUUGAGGUGCAUGAAUUCAAUCCGGAGAGACGUUUUGUUCUAGUAUCAAACACGUCGGAUUCUACCGACGAUUCAUCGGAUAGCGCCAAGAGGGUGCCUCGGCGAUCUAAAUCUAGGGCACCAAAGCCAGAACGAGAACGAGAACCAAAACCAGAGUUAGAGCCAGAACCCGACUUUUAUAAAGCGAAUACGGGCCGCAAGUAUGAUACUCGUGGACGUUAUGAGGAUGAUUCUGAAAAGAAGCGGGAUAUAGAGCAAGGGCGUGAAAAGCAUCGGAGUAAACUUGACCAUCUACCCGCCAUAGUCACCGAUGUCAAAUCCGAUCCGCGGCCCUCCGACUCAAGGCGACCUAAAUCUACCGCAAGGUCCGAGAAAGGUGGCGACGAUUAUUUCUCUCCUCGCCAUAACUCUCGAUUUCAGAAUGGAAAUAUGCUGUCGCCAGAUGUCAUAGAGCACGCAAGUAGAGGAAGAGACCGGGCGUAUUAUCAAGGCGGAUCUAACCCUUACGCCCAAGACCGCACUCACUCAGCUCAUCCAAACAGUCAGUAUGAGAAAUAUGAGAAGACAUCUCGAGAUGACAGGAGGUAUAAGGAUAAGCCUCUCAAAGCAGCUCAAUCGGCAAGCCCUAACCAUCAUAAACGGCGCUCUACUGCAGACCUCCCUCAACAAGCGAGAGCAUCUUCAAGAGUAGAUUAUGAGAAACCUCGUCAAUAUGCUGAACCUCGGUCUCCCAGACCCGACCGGAAUGUUUAUGUGAGGUCCGAGCGGGAUACAGCUUCGCAGGUUUCAUCAAGUUCCACAGAAAAGCGAGAUCCGCCUGCUUAUGGCCAAUACUACUCAAGCGACGACGAGAUACCUCAUCAAAUUUCGUCCCGUCGCCGACGAGAAUCAGCCCUGCCUGAUAGGUCCAGACCGCGCCCUCAAACGCCAACGGAGGUGAGGUCAAGCGACAAGCGAAAUUCGCGUGCACCUUCCCCACUUCCAUCUCCGAGGGUAUCCCAAAUCUAUGAAAAGAACUCAAGAUCUUCAAGUCCGCGCAGUUCUACAUUCCCGAAAGAUAUUAGAUUCUCGCGAAGCGAACAGCGUGCUCAGCAGCCACCGAUAUCCCGAACAUCCACGGGUAGAUCUGUGCUUGAAGCUGCACCAGUAAUACUUCCAGCCGUUGUCGCAGCAGGGACCGUGGCAGCAAUUGGCUCAGGCCACGGGAGCGACCGUCACAAGUCGGCAAUACCCUCACCACCUAGAGCAGAAUCGCUUCAUUCAGAACCACGAUCAUCAAAUUCGGCGUUAUCAUCAAGUCCUCGGAAACACGCUCGACAACCAUCGGCAUCAAGUUCGGUAGCUGAUAUGCCUAAAACAAGUCAGCUUAUUAGUAUGUACAACAUACGUUACCUCGACGAGGUCCAAGCCGGCAGGCUCCCCGAAAUGCAUCGUUGUCCUCGUAGACAAGCCGUUGCGGGAUACGUUGAUUGGCUUACAUUUCCUCGCUGCGAUAACUUCAAUAUUUGUCCGUCAUGUUACGAGGCAGCAUUUUCCAAUACGGAAUUCGCGCACCAAUUAGUUCCAAUACCAUUCCGCGCCGCGGAUCGGGCUAUAGCCUGCGACUUUGGAACUUCGCGAUAUUACCACAUAGCAUAUUAUUUAAUUAGCAAAUAUAAAAGGGCGGACUUGAGUUUAUUCCGAAAUAUCGCAAAUAUCGCUGCGAAGGGUCAGCCUUGCACUGGAUCCCGAGAAUCCAUUGGGAUAUGGUAUUCUGUGAAAGAUCCGAGGUCAAUGCACGCUAUUGAGAGCUUCACUGUCUGCCACACUUGUGCGAAGACAGUCGAAGCUUUACUUCCAAAUCUAACAGGCCUAUUCGUUCCUAUGGAUUCGCCCGCUGAACCUACGAGAGGCGUCUGUGCGAUGCACCAACAGAAUGAACGCAGAUUUCUAUUUUACUUCGACCUUCUAGAAGCAGCAUCCGAUAAAGCACUUAUCACCAAGAGCACACCCGACGUUCAGGCCCUAGCUGAUAGGAUCCGCGACCUAACAGCGGUGCCGGAGUGCACCAAAGACCAACCAGUUCAUAACGGGAAAUUUUACACAAUGCUUUCAAUUCCUAAAUUUACGGUUUGCGAGGAAUGUUUCGGAGAGGUGGUCUGGCCUAUGAUCGAGAAUGAUAGCGAUUCAAUCGCAGCCAAUUUCCACAAGAACCCGCAGAAAUUCACAACAGCUUCUUGUCAAUUGUACUCCGAGCGCAUGCGCGAGAUAUUCAAGUGGGCCGUCAAGCACGGCGAUAUAAGGUAUCUCGAAAAUAAAGUCCGAGAACGCCAGAUCAAGGAGCAAGAAUACUACGCUAGUGUCGUGGGCCUCGAUAGGCAAAUUCUCAGUCCCGAAUGGGUUGACGCUGAGCUAAACCGGGCGAGAAGGGAGUGGCAGAGGUGGGAAUAAGGUAACAUAGAGGAGCUGGCGCAUUUAUAUAGACUAAAGGGGCAAGAGGUUAGGGGUUAUGGAUAUAUGGAGGGGUAUGAGAUGAUACGAAAUUAUGCGCGAUAAUGGAUAACGAAUGGGCUACCUAG